UUCCUGGUGAGCGAGGAAAGUCCAUAUCAGACUCAAGUACCGAGGCCGCAAGCCCUGUGGUAUCAGAGGAAGGUACGCAAGAUGCGGUCUAUGAGGAUGUACGGUCGAGGAUGUAUAUCGCCUCCAUCCCAUGCUCGGGUACUGCCGCCGGAUGUGCCGCUUCAUCCUCGGGGUCUGCGUCCGAGGACUCCUCGGUCGAGGUAUUGGUCAAGUUCACCAAGCGCUACAACGCCAGGGCCCACCGGAUACUGGAUGGAGAGGGUUUCGCGCCACGGCUGUACUCGUGCUCGCGAGUAUAUGGGGAUCUGUACAUGGUCGUGAUGGAGUAUCUCGCUGGCGAGACAAUGUUCGACCUCCAGGAAGCGGGUAAAUCUGUCCCGCAGUCGCUCUACACGGACGUCGACACAGCGAUCGGAAAGCUGCAUGAGGCGGACAUUGUGUUUGGCGACCUCUAUCUACCGAACAUCAUGUGUGUCCCGGAGUCGGGUGGGCCGUCAGGAUCCCCGGGUGGUCUGCGGGCGAAGCUUGUGGAUUUCGACUGGGCGGGCACCGACGGCGAGGACACUUACCCUGUGACACUGAAUGACAAGCUACCUGACUGGGUGGGUGGGAUGGAAUGGGGGGAGGUGAUGCGGAAGGAGUACGACAUUGGGCUACUGGAAAUGGUGCGAAUGGUGUGUGUGAGACCGCUUGAUGUGUAUGCAAACGAUAUUAGCUUCGCUCAGCUCGGAGUUCAGUAACUGAUUCGUCGUUCGCAUCCGGA